UGGAGACGUUACUUUCGAGUCUCAAACAGAAACAGAGCAUAGCUGCCAUUUUCAAGAUUACUCCCUUUUCUUCUUUAUUUAAAAAGCCAACUCCUCUCUCUCUCUCUCUCUCAUCUCCCAAAUCCCAAAGCCCUCUAUUUUUCAACCUCCGGCGACCUUUUCCCUGUCUCUCUCUAGAAGAACGAGAGAGAAUCUUGUUGACUACUAGUGGAAGUAGUCGUGCUUUGAUGGCACGACAAAACCCUCGAAAAAGCUUUCCCCUUCUUUCCAAACUGCCAUAACUGCCUCAUUCAACCUCCAUAACCAUUCUGCAACCAAAUAGUUCAACCAUUAAUGGGCGUGGUAGAAGAGGAAUGGGGCGGUUGGGCGCCGGCGCCCAGCGGCGCCCCGCUCUACAUUCAGAAAGACGAUCACUGGACGCACUUCGACAACUCAGUCAAUGCGGUGUCGUUUGGGUUCGUCGCUACCGCCAUUCUCAUCUCCAUGUUUCUCGUCAUGGCUAUAUUCGAGAAGUUUCUCAGAACCACCGCGCCGGCCGAUGUCCGCCGCCGCCACUCAGACAUUGAGGCCCACAACCAUAUCGCUGCCUUCAAUGCUAAGCUCGCCUACCCAUCAUCUCCUAAAAUAUGUGUAAAUGCAAGAGAAGUAUCGGUGGUGAUGCCCGGCAACAAGAUCCCGACCUUCAUCGCACAUCCUGCUCCGGUGCCGUGCCCACCGGAACGAGUGCAGUGGCCGCCACAUCAACAUCAACUGCAGUGAUUCUACCAUUGAAAUGGUAUCAGAGUUUUUGUAUAUGUCUACUCUCAUCUCUUGCACCAUAUUUUCAUCACCUCUCACUCUCUAUGUAUCAUACUAUCACGUACCACUUGGAUUUUUGAUGUCAACAUACUAUUAUCUUCCAUAAAUAACUGAAAUGGGUUGGAUCAUCAUCA